AUGUCCGCCGACCGCAUCUUCGAGCCAUUGAAGCUCGGCCAUUGCGAGCUGAAGCAUCGCAUGGUAAUGGCACCGUUGACCCGUUUCCGAGCCACCUCCGACCAUGUACCCGGCAAGUACGCCAGGGAGUACUACUCGCAGCGAGCCUCGUGCCCCGGAACGCUCAUUGUAACGGAAGCUACAUUCAUCGCGCCACAAGCCGGCGGCUACAACAACGUGCCUGGCAUCUACAACCACGAGCAAGUCAAAGCCUGGAAGGAGAUCACCGAUGCCGUUCACACAAAGGGCUCGUACAUCUACCUGCAACUCUGGGCUCUGGGCAGAGUAGCAGUAGCUGAGAACUUACUGAGGCAAGGGCCGUACCCUGUCGUUAGCUCGAGUGCCAAUCCCCUCAACUCGGAGUUUGAGGUGCCCAAGGAGAUGACCGAAGAGGACAUACAAGCGUUCGUUGGCUACUACGCCAAUGCCGCUCGCAAAGCGAUGGGGGCGGGCUUUGAUGGCGUGGAGAUACAUGGCGCCAACGGCUAUCUCAUUGACCAAUUCUGGCAAGACAGGGUCAACACCAGGACGGACAAGUACGGCGGCAGCGUCGAGAACAGAGCCCGCUUCGGCCUAGAAGUCACCAAAGCCGUCAUCGAAGCGUGCGGCGGCGACAGCAAGAAAGUCGGCAUCCGGCUCUCGCCAUGGUCACCGUUUCAGGGCAUGAGGAUGGAGGACCCGAUACCGCAGUUCUCGCACAUCAUCAGCGAGUUGAAGAAGCUUGGCCUGAGCUACCUCCAUCUGGUAGAGUCGCGGCUCUCCGGAACCACUGCUGGCGACUCCGUCUACGGCUCCGUGACAGGCACGAACGACAAGCUCGUCGAGCUGUGGGGCACUGAAGCGCCUGUCAUCCUUGCCGGUGGCUUCGACCCGGAGAAGGCGAGGAAGGCGUUGAGUGAAGUGUACCCGGCAGAGAACGUCUGCAUAGCUUAUGGGCGGUACUUCAUCAGCAACCCGGACCUGCCUUUCCGCAUCAAGCAUGGUAUUGAGCUGGCGCCGUACAACCGGAAGACGUUCUACUUGCCGGAGAAGGCUGAAGGUUUCAUCGACUACCCGUUCAGUAAGGAGUUCCUAGCACAGGAGAAGGAGAGUAAGCUUUAG